CUCUUCCUUUCGUUACCGCAAGAUGCAGCCGGAGCUCGGCCUCACAGUCGGAGCAGCUUCCAUAGAGACCAAACUGUAUUUUUCACGGAGCCCAAAUGUCCAAAUGUCCAGAUAGAGCUGUCUGAAUAGACUCUGUGCUGUUCCCUUUAUCUGAACAUGUUUAACAUCUGAAUUAUCUCCCGCUGUCCUACGAAGCUAAUGCAGUUAGCUUAGCUUGCUAGCUGGAAACAGUCUGGAGGAAAAGCUGCUGUGAAUCAGUAAAAAUGUCUAAAGUGGAGAACGAGGAGGAACUUUGUGGACAACGCAAACUACUGGACGCUGUUUUCAAGCCUGAAGCAGACGUCCAGCUGCUAUUGGUGAGUGAAGAAGAGGUUCCCCCUCAACAGCAGGAGUUGAGACCCAGUCUGGACCAGGAGGACCCACCGGAGCCCCCAUACAUCAAAGAGGAGUGGAGCCCCGGUCUGGACCAGAGGGGCUCACCUAUUAAAGAGGAACAGGAGGAACUCUGGACCAGUCAGGAGGGAAAGCAGCUUCAAGGGCUGGAGGCAGUUGAUCUUACCAAGUUCACAUUCACUCCUGUCCCUGUAAAGAGUGAACAAGAUGAUGAAGAGAAACCUCAGUCCUCACAGCUUCAUCAAAGACUAACUGAAGAGAUGGAAUCAGAAUCUGAUGGAGAGGACUGUGGAGGACCAGAACCAGCCAGGAACUCGGAUCCAGAGAGACAUUUACAACCAGAUACUGACAAGACUUCUGAUUCUUCUGAGACUGAUGACAGUUGUGAUUGGGUGGAGUCUGGUUUAAACCCUCUACAAAACAACGAAGUAAGUGAUGUGGAAUGUAACACUGGUAAAACAUCAAGCAGCUCCUCUAAAUGUUCUACAAGCUUUGGCCACAAGGGACGUCUGCAGAAACCAUUUAGUUGCUCUGUUUGUAAUAAAACUUUUCAAUGCAGAAAAAAUGUUGCGAGGCACAUGAAAAUCCACACCGGGGAGAAACCCUUCUAUUGUUCUUUCUGUAAUAAAGGAUUUGGGCAAAAGGAACAUCUGAGACAACACACAGCAAUCCACACAGGGGAGAAACCCUUCAGAUGUUCUGUCUGUGGUAAACAAUUUAUAUGUAAAACACAUCUGCGACGACACUCAGCUGUCCACACAGGGGAGAAACCCUUCAGUUGUUCUGUGUGCGGUAAAGAAUUUGCACGAAGUUCAGAUUUGGUCUUACACGUAAGAGUUCAUACAGGAGAAAAACCUUUCACAUGCUCAGUUUGUAAAGCAGGUUUCAGUCGCAGGGGCAAUUUGUCCAGACACAUAAGAAUGCAUAGCGAGGACAAACCCUUUAGUUGUUCAGUUUGUGGUAAAGGAUUUGUUGAAAGGCGAACUCUGAGAGAACACUUGAGGAUACACACAGGAGAGAAACCCUUCAUUUGUUCUGUUUGUGGUAGAAGAUUUGCACAUAGCUCCACUUUAACCACACACUUAAGGGUUCAUACAGGAGAAAGACCAUACACAUGCUCAGUUUGUAAAGCAAGUUUCAGUCUCAGAUACACUUUGUCCCAACACAUGGGAAUCCACACAGGGGAGAAACGAUUUAAUUGCAGUAUUUGUGAUAAAAGAUUCACUCGGCAUCAUAUUUUCAAAAACCACAAGUGUGCUGGUGAGAGCAGUGGAAGUAAAUGAAGCUCUGUGAGCUGAUUGCUUCCAGCAGGAUUGAAGAACUGGUAGAUAAAGUCAAUUGAAGCAAAUUCCUCAGUUUGGAUGAGGUCAUGAAAUUGAUUUACCUGAGGUCUGUUUUAGCAACCCUUUCUCACUCCCCGACUCGUCACAUCUGGACACAUGGUCAAUACCCAUCAGCGUCAGUUUGUAACAUUUCACAACUUUACUGGACGUUGCAUAUUUGUUACUAAGCGUUGCUAACUUGACCGUAGAGCCUUAAACAUCUAAAAAUUAUGCUAAAGGGGUAACCAGGGCGUAAAAAAGCGACGCCAAAGGGGCUUGACCAAGCGUCAAUAUGUGAUGAGUCGGGAGUGAGAAUGUGUUGCAAUUUUGAACUGCAUUGUAAGUUAUUACCCUUACAGUACCCACAGCUGCUGUUUCUCCACACUAGUUGAACUAUAACUUGAACUAGUUAGUGUUGUGUAUUAAUAUAAAUAAUUAUUAAUAUAUUGUAUAUGUAUUAAUGUAUAAUAAUAAUUUAUUCAUGUAUUCAUGCUAGGUAAAGGCGAGGAGUAUUGCUGGCAAACUCUUCCAACAUUUAUUAAAAAGAAACUUCCAACUUUCCUUUUAAGUAAAAUUAAAGUUGCUCUCCGUUGUCCCUCCCGUAACCACCAGUUUAGAUAAAGAUCAAACCUACAACCUCUUCACCCUGAGCUACUGGUCUAGACAGUUUUUUAAUGCCAUUCAGUCACAGAGGAGGGAACAUCAGUUCAGUUGGUUAUCUUUUACUAAUUAAUUAAUUACUGAAUAUUUCUAUGUUAGUUUGCACCUUUUUUUCCUGUGUUUUCGUACACAUACAGCAAAAUUAAUACUUUGUAAAAUUCUGUUCAGGAGCAAAUUUUUAACCAUUUUAAUUAGGACUGCAACUAAUGAUUCGUUUUUUGUUUGAAUAAUUGAUUGAUGUCUGAACAUAACAAAAUAAAAUAAUUAAAAGGGGAA